AUGAAGGCUAUGUUGAGCAGAUAUGGGGUUUCACAUAGAGUUGCUACUCGUUAUCAUCCCCAAACAAAUGGACAAGCUGAGGUGUCGAAUAGAGAAGUGAAAGCAAUUUUAGAGAAAACUGUGAGGCCUGACAGGAAAUAUUGGAGCAAGAGAUUAGAUGAUGCACUUUGGGCUUACAGGACGACUUUCAAGACUCCUAUAGGGAUGUCUCCAUACAGGAUGGUUUAUGGUAAAGCUUGUCAUCUUCCGGUGGAAAUCGAACAUAGAGCUUAUUGGGUAGUUAAAGCUUGCAAUUUUGAUGCUAUUGUGGCAAGAGAAGAGAGGAAAUUGCAACUCCAAGAACUCGAGAAGAUUCGAAUAGAAGCAUUUGAGAACUCAAGGAUCUACAAAGAAAAGACCAAGAAUUUUCAUGAUAAGCACAUUGUAAGCAAAGAAUUUAAUAUUGGUGACAAGGUGCUCUUAUAUAGGUCACGACUUCAAUUGAUUAAAGGUUCGUUGAGAUCUCGUUGGGAAGGACCUUAUGUUGUGACUAAUGUAUUUUCUUGUGGAGUUUUUGAGAUUAGGGAAGAGGCUACCAACCGGAUUUUCAAGGUGAAUGGGCAUAGACUCAAGUUGUUUCAUGAGAUUGGCAAUGGAGAGGUGGAAGUUUUGAAGCUUACAGAGAAAGAGUUUCAGGAACUGAUGCUGAAUAGUGCUAAUGGAGCUGGGAUAUAG